AUGAGGGACCUGACAGGCUAUAUAAGGUCCAGGCACACCUCUGAUUUCUAUCUCAACCACGAAGGAGAUAUUGAGAAGGUUCAACACCCACACUCUCCCAUGUACAAACGUUUGAACAGCAGUGUCCCAGUGCUGAAACUAUACUUCGAGGGUGAUGGGUGCUUGCUGAAGGACUACCGGAUCAGCCGGGACUCCUUGGAGGCCUUGAUGCGGUGUCUGGGGCCUGAGAGGAGACAGGCCUGGGGACACCACAUUACUGUCUUGACAACCGUGUACUGGCUGGCACAGGGUUUGUCAUACAGUGUGGUGUCCCGGGCCUUUCAGGUACCCCUCUCUACGGUCCACAGAUUGGUCCACCAGGGAGUGGAGGACAUCGCUGCUCUCUGGCAAUCUUUGAUCAGGCUGCCUGCUGGUCCAGAGCUGGAGGAGGUCGGGCAGGGCUUCCAGCAGUUGGCCAACAGCCCGGCAUUCCGUUCAUGUGUGGGUGCAAUUGACGGGUGCCACAUACGGAUCAGGAGCCCAUCCGGACCCAGUGGCCAGGAUUUUCUACAAACGUUCGUAGGAUUUCCGGGCUCAGUCCACGACACCCGUGUCCUGAAACACAGUGCCCUCUAUAAAGAGGCUCUUUACCCUCCUCCAGGGAACUUCAUUGUGGGGAAUGGUGGCUACCCCUGCAUUGUACGACCCAUCUAUAUUGUCACACCGUAUCGGGAGCCACUACAGGGGAGGGUACAGAGCCGCUUCAACUGCUGCCAUGCCAAAGCAUGCAGCCUCAUAGAGCGUGCUUUCGGGAAACUGAAGGGGCGAUGGAGGUGCCUCCUGUCUAAGGCACUGGAGGUGAACCAUAACUUUGUCCCUGCUGUGGUCACUGCCUGCUGUGUCCUACACAACAUCUGCCUUACUGCAGGAGACAUUAUUGAACUGUUGGAGGAGGAGGAGGAAGAAGAGGAAGAGCAGCAGGAGCAGGAGGGGGUAGAGAGGUCUCCACCUCGUCCUAAAAUAACCACAACAGUGACAAAGGUGAUUAUUUUGGCAGUGCCAGCUUUGGAAGCAUGUGGGCCUUGA